AUGGCAUCAUCAUUAUCAUCAUCUAUUAUUAGUAGAACUCUACCACCGACUAAUGGUAACUUAAUCACCAUUCUAAGCAUCGAUGGAGGUGGGAUUAGGGGCAUAAUCCCAGCCAAAAUUCUUGAACUUCUUGAAGCUGAACUCCAGAAACUAGAUGGAGAAGAUGCUUGCCUGGCGGACUACUUUGACGUUAUAGCCGGCACAAGCACAGGGGGGCUUGUGACGGCCAUGUUGGCAGCUCCCGAUGCGAAUAACCGCCCGUUAUACGCCGCUAAAGAUAUUGCACCGUUUUACGUGAAGCAUGGGCCGAGUAUAUUUCCAUAUAAAGAGGGGAUUGUAGGUUCUGUUGGAAGGACAUUAGGUAUGUUAGUAGGGCCAAAGUACAAUGGGAAGUAUUUGAAAAAGAUAUUGAAGGAAAAUUUGGGGGAGACAAAGCUUCAGCAAACAUUAACUAAUGUUGUUAUUCCCACAUUCGAUAUCAAGAAUAUGCAGCCAGCUAUUUUCUCUUCCUAUGAGAUGAAGACUUUGAAUUAUACUGACGUCAAGUUAUCCGAUAUAUGCAUCGGGACAUCGGCGGCGCCGACUUACUUGCCAGCUCAUCAUUUCAAGAACGCCGACAAUGCUGGAAAAUCAUGGGAAUUUCAUCUUAUUGACGGCGGUGUAGCUGCUAAUAACCCUACAUUGGUAGCCAUACGAGAAGUGAGCAAACAAAUAUCUCGGAACGACCCGGAUUUUUUCCCGAUUCAGCCGCUCGACUUCGGCCGGUUUUUGGUGGUGUCGCUGGGGACGGGGUCCGACAAACAGGAGCACAAGUACACGGCAGGAAUGGCGGGAAAGUGGGGCGUGUUUGGAUGGUUUUUACAAGACAACUCGGUCCCCAUAGUUGACGUGUUCAACCAAGCCAGUAAAGACAUGGUUGACUAUUUCUUGUGCGUUGUCUUUCAGGGUCUUCGUUCUCAGGACAAUUACCUUCGUAUUCAGGACGAUUCACUGAGUGGGCCGAACUCGUCCGUUGAUGACACAACAAAGCAGAAUCUGAGUGAUCUUGUGAAAAUUGGAGAAAAUUUGUUAAAGGCCCCUGUCUCUAGAAUUAAUCUUCAAACAGGAAAUACUGAGCCUGUUCCCAAUGGAGGCACAAAUGAGCAAGCUUUGAUAAAGUUUGCCAAGUUACUGUCAGAUGAACGGAAACUCCGGAAAUCGAACUCGCAGAAGACGAAAAUUUAA